AUGGCACUAUAUUCAAGUUCAUCCUUGACAUUUCCCUACCCAACGACAAUUAGGCAUCCAUUGCAGAUACCCAUUAGAGCUACAAUUACCGAUGCAAGGUGUCAUCACGGAAGCCCACAAGUCUCAAGCAAAACCCCGAUCCAGGUGUCCGAUAACCCCGACUCCACGAAUGAUACCGGUGUAUCUGAUCUAAGCCCAACAACUGGACUUGUCGCCGACGGUCCUCAACCCACAAAGACGCAGGCGCCCGUGAGCGAUGACAUCGAUGCCGGCCCGGUCGAAGCCACGUCGGGUUUCCGUUAUGAUAGCAGCUCCGAGUCUGCGCGGCCGACCGUCGAGACAACUACCUCCCAGCCUGUCCCAGACGCUACAACUGACGCUGAGCAACCCCAGCCCGAUGAGAUGCGAGACAACUCUGGCAAGCUAUUUCACUGCGGCGGAGUUUCCAGGCAGGCUGUAAACGUUCCUCAGUCAACUGACAACUUUUCACCCCCUUUUGCACCAUUGCCGUUGAGGAUGAACGUGUCACAGGCGCUCGGGGAGUUAUCGUUCCGUGUGAGCAUGAGCAAGAUCCUGCUUAUAAGUCAUUUCAUGGUGAUACAAUCACAGCGCAUAAUUACAAGAAUGCCCUCGUUAUCUCCUCGGUUGGCUAGUGUUUGGUUGUCCCGUGGGGGAGAGGACGGCGAUGGAGGUGGCUUCAUUUAUCCCCUUCUCCUGACUGGAGAACUAAAUGCUGGUGAGAAAGUCGAUGACGACAAUGAUUUUGAUCAGUCAGCUAAAAAGGAAGUUAUGCAUACAAACGUUCCUGCAGAUAAUGAGAAGUUUAAUUCUGCUCUAGUGUCGCAAAGGCUAGUGAUGAGACAAAUUAGCAGUUUGGGGGAGAACGUGAUAUUGAGUCUACUGGUCUUGACCCUGAUACUGGACGAGAGACUGUCGCAGAACACCACUCGGGCAAAGAUCUCUCUCAAGACAUUACCCAGGAUCCAGAUUACAAAUACUGUGGCAAGUAAUACUGCGCGGAUAUUGAAUGAGCUUAAGCCGACGCCACCUCCUCACCAUUUGACGCUGUGCUACCCAUCUCAAACUCCAAGUACCCUUAUCACCAUCACCCGAACCUCGUCCAGCGCAAUCACAACUGGUGCCACGACAAUCGAUGCUGCAGUCAUCUCUGAAAAUGUCCGAAAUCAACCUUUGGUGAACCGCGAGAUACCCCAAUAUCCAACCACGAUCGAUGUGAAGCAACCUCCUGGCGCUCCUGACCUUAUCAACAACCAAUACCGGACUUCGGAUGACCAACCCUCCUCAAUUAUUUCCGAUACCCCAGUCAUUCAUCUGGCUGUUCUAGCACACUCGACAACGAUCGGCGAUGGCACUGUCUGCGUUUACCCAGCCUGCGCGCGAAUGAAUGCCUGGCUGCGGCCUCGAACUUGUCUUCGCAAGGUGAUUCGGCGAGAUUUCCCCUCUACACAGAUUCCCACACAAAUCGGCGUCCGAAGGAGUGAUAGAGAUCAGGGCCGCAUGGCUUUGAUUGAAAAAAGGCUUCGUAGAGGGGCUUAUGAUCGCGCAACGAGUGAAUUUGAUGCGGACAUUGCUUUUGGGGGUUACACGAUUGAGUUGGCCAAAGACGCCAGACUUAAUGAAUGCAUUGCUCGGUGA